AUGGCUUUUUUAGAGCUUAUUGGUGCUUCGAUUCUCGCAUUUAUAAUAUUUUUAGUAAUAAAAUAUUAUGUUUUAACUAAAAUGGCUAUGCGCUUUUAUGCUAAUUAAGGAAUUAAAGAGUACAAAUACUAUCCAGUUACUGGUAUGGCUAAAGAAUGGAUGGAUUAUUCAUCGAGUGAUAAUUUAAAGACUAUAAAAUACAUUAAAUUUGAUGAUAAAUUUAAAGGAGAAGAUGCUAUAUUGUCUAAUUUACUAGAUAGAGCACUUUUAAUAUUUACAAAUCCCAAUCUGAUUAAUGAGUUUUUAUAAAAUCAGUAGAACUACAUCAAGUUUGAGGCUCCUGUAGUUGGAUUUAAAUAAUUUCUUGGAAAUGGUAUUGCUUUAGAAGAAGGAGAAAAAUGGAAGAGCAAAAGAAAAUUUAUUUCUAAGUUAUUUAAGUUUGAUGUUGUAGUAAAUUAUUUAAAUAGCAUUCGCAAAAUUUCAAAAAUGAUGCUUGAUAGAGUAGAAAAUGACUCAAAUUUUUCAGUUUAAAAGUCGUUUGAAGCAAUUAAUAGCGCUAUUUCUGUUUAAAUUUUUAUGGGCGCUAACAUAGAUGACUAUAAAAUUGAUGGCAAGAAUCCUUACGAUGCAAUUGACACAAUGUGCUUUGAAAUUUUUUAACAUUAUUUGAAUCUUAUCCCUGGCAUCUUAGGAGAGAGAUUUGUGAAGCUUAAACUCAGAAAAUCAGAUAGGAUUAUCUGUGAAAAAGUUUAAUAUGUGCGCUAAUAGAUGAAAAACAUUAUUUUAGAUACUAUUAAAAGAGAGAAAUCUCAUGCUGAGUAGAACAAAGAGUCAGAAAAUAUUAAUAUAAUUGCUCUUUUAAUUAAAGAAGGACAUAAAUUGGAUGAAGAAAAAGAAAUUAUUGAUAUAUUAGAGCUUACUUUUAGCCUUUAUUUUGCUUCAAGAGACACUUUAGCAAGUGUUUUAACUAUGAUGUUGUACUAUUUAAUCAAAAAUCCUGAUUACUUUAAAUUAGUAGAAAAAGAAGUUUUGAGUCUACCCUAAAAUUACUCAUUUUCUGAUAUUUAAAAGUUAGAUUUUCUUUAGGCCUGUUUCAAAGAAACAAUCAGAAUAAAUACAAGUGCCCCUAUUUUAUUUACCCGUGAAGCUAAGGUUGACCAUAAAAUAGGAAAUUAUAAUAUUUAAAAAGGUACUUACGUUAAUGUGGGUUUGAUUAGCAAUUAAAUUGAUGAAACAUACUUCAAAGACCCUCUAACAUUUAAUCCAAACAGAUGGCUUGAUCAUUCUGCUGAAAACAUUAUCAAAGAAAAUCCGUUUGUCUAUUUGCCUUUCUCUGGCGGAAUGAGAAACUGUAUAGGUCAGCAUCUUGCAAAUUUGCAAGCAAAAAUUGUACUUGUUGAAUUUGUAAAAAAAUAUUAGAUUCCACAAAUGCCAAAUGAUUUCGUUUUGGAAUUUGUUAUUAAAUAAAAUUAUCAAAUAAAAAAUCCUCUAAUUUUAAACCUAACUAAAAGACAAGCUUAUUGA